GAGAGAGAGGAGUGGAGAGAGAGAGAGAGAGAGGAGUAUCUGACAAGCAGCGAGAAAAGAGUAAAGAAGUACCUGACAAGCAACGAGAAGCGAUCUAGGACAGGCUGUCUCUCUCCUCUCUCUCUCUCUCUCCCUCUCCCUUUCUCUCUCUCUUCAGCUUCGUUUGACUUGACCCUUUAGCGCAACGUCCCUAGAAGUUCAAACUUAACCUCCUCGCUAGACGUCACGACCCGAACGGCACGCUUGCCAGGAUCCACAGGUCACGGCCUUCCUCCGGUCAACUCAGCUGCUCGAGAACCGAAGCUGAUCUUGGCUUUUCUUCCACGGCCGCCGGUCCAAAUCUUGAUGAUGCUCUGAAGAUAAACACCCCGCUUGGUGACACGACCCGUGCCUCUUCCGCUUCCUCUUCUUGACCGUCUUCGCUACGCAAGAUCGACCCAGAAGCUCGGAUGAUCAGAUUUGAACGUUUCUGCGCGGCGGGCUUCUGAUUUAGCCCAGACGGUUGUUGGGUUUUUCUUUUUUCCUCGUGGGAGAGUUAAAGUAGUCGUCUUUCUAAUAGAUUGUUUUUUGUUGUCUUGGAGCUCAUGCUCGAUUGCCCUUUUGUACAAAUAGACAUGAUCCGUUGAAAGGUCUCGGUACAAUAGAUAGAACUAACCCAGAGAAACCAAAGAUAGUUUGCAGGUAUUGAUUGAUUGGAGAUUGCUGCUUUUAGGAGCAAAAACUUGAACUUUUAGAGAAGGGAUAUAUAUAUUUUCACAGGUGUUUUAUGAUCUCUUGGUUGAAUUUUGACUGGAAAUCAAGUCGAAAAUGUACCAAAGGAUAGCGCCUGUAGAGGAAGGAAAAGACCCUUCAUCUAUAUUCAGGAAUUACCAGCCUAGGGCAUGUCCAUGGAGGCUCCUCCACUAUUUCUUGUUGUUUGUGCUAGUGGGUCUUGGAUUGUUGAUUUUAAGCAUGAAUAUGAUACGAUACUUCGGAGUCCAAGAUCAACCCGUACGUAAGAGUAGCCCUUUCCUCUGCCUUGAAGAGCAAUCUAGUAUGGAGAGCAGGUUUAGCACCCCAUCAAGUUUGUUACAUGCCAUGAGCGAUGAGGAGCUCUUUUGGAGGGCAUCUUUCGUUCCUCUGAUGAAGACGUUUCCAUUUAAGAGAGUUCCCAAGAUUGCCUUCAUGUUCUUGGUGAAGGGUCCAUUGCCGUUUGCCCCUCUUUGGGAGAGGUUUUUCAAGGGGCAUGAAGGGCUGUUCUCAAUCUACAUGCACUCGCUACCUUCGUAUGAUGCUGAAUUCCCACCUUCAUCAGUAUUCUAUGAGCGACAAAUCCCGAGCCAGGUGGUGGAGUGGGGGUUGAUGAGCAUGUGUGAUGCAGAAAGGAGACUCUUGGCCAAUGCCCUGCUUGACAUGUCCAACGAAUGGUUCAUCCUGGUCUCUGAAUCGUGCAUCCCGAUCCAGAACCUCACCACUGUCUAUAGUUACUUAUCACGAUCCAGGUACAGCUUCAUUGGAUCAUUUGAUGAAGACAGCUCCUAUGGCAGAGGACGCUACAACAAGAAGAUGGCACCAGAGAUCAACCUCACUGAGUGGCGUAAAGGUUCUCAGUGGUUUGAAGUGAAUCGUAAACUCGCCAUAGACAUAAUUGAAGAUUCAACCUACUACCCUAAGUUCAAGAAGUUCUGCAGACCGACAUGUUAUGUGGAUGAACACUACUUCCCUACAAUGCUAAGCAUCCAAUCUCCGGAUCUCCUGGCGAAUAGAAGCCUCACUUGGGUGGACUGGUCGAGAGGCGGUCCUCACCCUGCUACUUUUGGCGAGGCCGAUAUCACAAAGGAAUUUUUCAAAAAAAUCCUAGAAAACUCCUCAUGCAGUUACAACGAUCAGCCCUAUUCACUUUGUUUCCUCUUUGCUAGAAAGUUUGCCCCUAGUGCUUUAGUUUCUCUGUCGGAUUUAGCAUCGGACGUAUUUGGGUAUUGACAAAAGUUUCGGGAAGGACAUUUGCCAAGUUCUUCUGAGUUUUUGCCUCAAAUUUUUGGCCUUUGGUAGGGAUAAUUGAAAUGUAAUGUUACAGAUCAUUUUUAGACGACAAGAGAGGUAGCGAUCUAAUCCCUAAAGCAAUUGCAAGUCCUCCAAA